AUGGCAACAGAGAGUGACGAGUUCUACGUACGAUACUAUGUCGGGCACAUGGGAAAGUUUGGUCAUGAAUUCCUCGAGUUUGAGUUUCGACCAGAUGGAAAGCUACGAUAUGCAAACAAUUCAAAUUACAAGAAUGACUCCAUGAUUAGAAAAGAAGUGUAUGUCAGUCCAGCGUUGAUGGGCGAACUCAAGAGGAUUAUAGCUGAUAGUGAAAUCAUGAAGGAAGACGACAAACAAUGGCCAGUGCCAGAUCGAGUAGGACGACAAGAACUCGAAGUCGUGAUGGGAAAUGAGCAUAUCUCAUUCACUACCUCAAAACUCGGCUCGCUGAAUGAUGUACAAAGUUGUAAAGAUGCUGAUGGUCUACGGGUCUUUUACUACUUGAUUCAGGAUCUGAAGUGUCUCGUGUUUUCUCUCAUCUCCUUGCAUUUCAAGAUCAAACCAAUCUAA